AUGCCCCUUCAUCUGUUACAGUUUAUCGAUUCUGAUUUGGAGCGUAUGUAUAUGCUUUGUGAUCGUGUUGAAAAUGGCCUGGAUGAACUGAGAUUGGCGCUGCAACGACAUAUCGCUCGCCAGGGUGAGAUGGCACUCGAUAAGAUUGUGGAUGUUGCGAUUAAUGUGAGUUCUCUUAUAAUUUGUCAUGAUUUCGUAAUUUCUUUUUUCAAAAAGUUACGCAGAAUUCUCAUCAGCUACUAA